UAAGUCCUAAAGCAAUUUGACACAAAACUUUCUUCAUCGUUAGUAAAUUUCAGCUUCUUUUCUAUAACCAAACAAAAGCUAAAACCAAGAAAAUGUCUGGUGUAUGGGUUUUUAGGAAUAAUGGUGUAAUUCAGCUAGUUGACAAUCCAGCAGCAGAACAAGGAGAUGCAAGGAAUGGUACCAGAAGAAAGGCUUUGGUUCACUUGCCCUCAGGCCAGGUGAUUUCGUCGUAUUCCUACCUCGAGAAUAUCCUAAACGGUUUGGGAUGGGAGAGGUAUCACGAUGGCGAUCCUGACCUCUUCCAAUUCCACAAACACUCUUCCAUUGAUCUGAUUUCACUUCCAAGAGACUUCUCCAAGUUCAAUUCCGUCUAUAUGUACGAUAUUGUCGUGAAAAAUCCCAAUAUAUUCCACGUUCGCGACAUUUGAAGCCCGAUUAAUGUCCUUCUCAUCUUCCCCCCUAUCUCUCCUCAGGGUGCUUGUAAAAAGAAAUGGUUUGCUAUCAGCUGCGUAGAAGAGUUUUUUUUUUUUUUUUUUGCAGUUUGUAAGUUGUAAUGUCUUGUGAGUAAUACCCUCCUUUGGUAUAGGAGGGUGGUCGUGGUCAUGGUUUGCUUGUCAUAAGUGUUUGUCUGUGAGUUAUGUAUAAAAUUGAUUGCACUUCUAAAUUCGUCUUUCUUUUUUUUUUUUUUUGGGUUGGUUGGGGGGCAGAGGAAUAAUCUGGGAGGUGAUGGAUAUCGUCUUGCAACAUAGAGCAGAAAUAGCAGAACCACCAUGCUAGCAGGGAACGGCUGGAAUGGCUGUUCUCUUUUAACAUGCUUCCAAGCUCAAUCUUCUUGUAUUG